GAGCUCGUAUUAUACCGCGUUUCCACGCCGGCGAGGCCGAAUGCUUCUCCGUCUUUCGCCGCAGCCGCGUGGCCCGGUCUGACAAGUGUGCGUUCUGACAGUUGAUCUCCCCGUGGCGAGGAUUAAAACGACGUAAAAGCGCGCAAAAGGAAUCGGGUAAAAUAUGAACGGAGUCGACGAAAGGAACGCGGGUCAAGGAGUCGAAAUCAAAGGAGGUCUCCGAGUUUCGUUCCUCCGCUGACACCGAGCUUUCACGGGGAACACUUGCCGGACAUUAUAAUGCAGCAAAGAGGAGACGAAAGCGAAUAGAUUCGCUCGUACCGCACUGCGAACACGUAUCAUCGUUGUGUAAUUAAUGGCAUAUACGACGGUUGUGUAAACAUAUUAUAUAUCACGACGUUAUAUGCGACUUACAUAUUGAAACGCCGAGGACUCGGCACUGCGCUGUAAUAAAGUGGCGUGUUUGUGUGCGUACGUAUUUUUGUGUUCUGCAGUAUCAGCGAAUGAAUAAUUCACGGUUUCGGGUCAGUUUUGCAGUCACGAAAAUAUUAUACGACUUGCGGAUGAUUGAAGAAUAUAUAUUAUAUAUAUAUAUAUUUUUUUAUUUUCUGAAGUAUCGCGAUGAAGGAUACAACGAUUACCACGUGCGCCGAUGUUUAUCACUGGAGCAACAUUGAUGAAAUCCCCAGCACUUCGAAAAGGUAGAAGGCUACUAAGUCAACAUAACGCAGUUGUUAAAACUUCGGUCCAAAGUGGAAACCGAGGUGAAAAAGUAAAUAGACGUUAACGAAAUAAUAAAAAUAAACCGAAACUAAAAAGAAAUAAGUGAAGACGAAAGCGGGGUAGAAGAAAUGUUCUCCCGAUCACGACCUUCGGGACAUGGGCGCCACAAUUUCGGCCGUCCCAAGAAGAAUACGAGUGGCAAGAGGCACGGGAUUCGUACCUGGAUAUUCAUGAACAAGAAGAAGGACAGACAUCACGAACGUGUUAUGAUGUCCGGUGAUUCUCCGCCACCGCCGUUGAGGACGUCAAGUCCGCCUUCUCCUGGCUUCGAUAUCCCGGACGAUCCUCGAGCCGGCAAGAAUUCGCCGACGGGAACGGCGAAGAUCUCGAGGUCGACGGCGGAUACGGAGGCGAUCGAAGAGGCCAUCCCGAUAAUCGACACUCUGCCUUCGCCGGAACCGAAACCGAAGAUCGAAAAGAACGGCCAGCAAUUCGACGUCGUGGACGGGAAGAAGAAACUCGUCGAAGACGAGGAGCCAGAUUCCUGCGUUAUAAAGUGUCUCUCUUUCACGCAGCAGUGCUGCGAGUGUACGAUACAAUGACCGCGAGACUCUUUCGGCACUGUGUAUGCAUGUGUGCAUAUGUAUGUAUGUGAUGUUAUAUAUAUAGGUAUAUAUUUGGGUAUGUUGGUGAAAACGUACGUAUAGAAUGAACUAUAUUGACGCGUUGUAUACCUGCUAACGUGGACUCGUGUAUGAUACAAUAAUUAUGGUCGGAGUACGUCGUGCCAAUAAACGAUAUAUUUAUACCACAUCGUUUAUUGGAGAUUAUAAAAUGUAUAAAGUUUUCUUUGCAUGUAAUACGUGUAAUCCUUACAUCACGUGACCGCUGAUUGCAACGAUUAUCAGAUAUCACGUCUCGACGCUCGUGUAAAACUCAUGUACACUCGGGGACAAUUAAUCUGAUACGGCUAAUUUUUUACGCUAGACGGUUAUGUUGGCAACGCAGAGAAAUCUACGGCGCCGUAGUCGGCCGAGCGCGAAACUAACCCAAUCUCAAUAAACAUAACGUAACCCAUGACCGUCGAAUCUAACCUUAGAAUACGUAUAAAUCCAACAAGUCAUUAUGCCCGCAGUAUUCUAAGAUUAGAUUCGACGGUCAUGGGUUACGUUAUGUUUAUUGAGAUUGAGUUAGUUCCGCGC